CGAUGUUUUAUAAAAAUGAUUCAUACUCAGAGCUCGAAUCCAAAAAAUCUAAUUAAAAAAGAAUGAACUCUCGCCGGUAAAGGGACCUCAAUUAUAAAUUCAAAAGGUUUGGAAGGAAAGGUUUUAAUAGGAGCAAAGAAAAAAAUGCUGGUGUUACAGAGGAUUUUCUUGAUACUUGUUCUACUGGUCAUCACAGUAGUACAAGGUAAACCAGAAAGGAUUGUCUUUGAUACGGAUGUAGAUACCGAUGAUUUCUUCGCUCUAUUGUACCUCUUGAAGCUUAACCGGUCAGAGUUCGAGUUGCAGGGUAUCACUAUAAGUGCAAAUGCAUGGAGCGAUGCAGGGCAUGCUGUGAACCAUAUUUAUGACAUUCUUUAUAUGAUGGACCGUGACGAUAUUCCUCUCGGAGUUGGUGGUGAGGGUGGAAUUCUUGAUGAUGGUACUAUACUUCCGAAUGUCGGUGGAUACCUUCCGAUAAUCGAACAGGGAAUUUCAACAGUAGGAGGCUGUCGAUACAGGCAAGCCAUUUCUUUAGGUAUUCGAGGACGACUAGAUGUCGAUUCCAACUUUGGUUUGAGGAAAGCCUUUCUGCCGCAGGGCAGCAGGAAAUAUAAUCCUCUCCGACAACCAACUGCACAACAAGUUCUGAUAGACACAAUAUCUGCAGGUUCUACUAACGUCAUUAUAGUAGGAGGUCACACAAAUUUUGCAAUUUUCCUUAUGAACAAUCCACAUCUAAAGAAGAACAUCAAGCAUAUCUAUGUCAUGGGUGGCAGCGUAAGGUCACGAAAUCCUUCCGGUUGCUGCCCGACAAAUGCAACAACGUCGUCUUGUCGGAAUAGACAAUGCGGUGACCGUGGUAAUCUGUUUUCAGAUUACACCAGUAAUCCUUAUGCCAAAUUUAACAUUUUCGCCGAUCCUUUCGCUGCGUACCAGGUUAUUCAUUCAGGAAUUCCGAUAACGUUGGUGCCUCUGGAUGCAACAAACACGAUUCCCAUUACUCAGGAAUUCUUUAACACAUUUGAGCUUAAUCAGAAUACUUAUGAGGCGCAAUACUGUUUCCAAUCCUUGAAAAUGGCUCGUGAAACUCGAUCAGAUGUCCAGUUUUACUCGAAUUAUUUCAUGUGGGAUUCAUUCACAUCAGGAGUAGCAGUUUCUAUGAUGCGUAAUUCGCUGAAGCGAAACGGAGAAAAUGAAUUUGCUGAAAUGGAAUAUAUGAACAUAACAGUAGUUACUUCAAAUGAACCAUAUGGAGUGUAUGAUGGUUCGAAUCCAUUUUUCGGUGGCCGUAAGCUUCCGAAGUUUAACCUGACAAGAGGUGGAGUACAUAGUGGUCAUGUACAAACAGGCCUGAGAGACCCUUUUUGCACUGCACAGAAUGGGAGAGGAAGAUGCCAGGAUGGCUAUACGAAGGAGGUAACAGGUCCUGAAGGUGUUCGUGUUAUUGUCGCGACGAAAGCAAAACCUAAUCCAAACACUAGUAGUGAACUUGACAAGGCCUUUUUCAAGAAUUUCUUGGAAGUUUUGAAUAAUCCUGAACAAACUGGAAGACUCAAUUUUACGACACAGUUUCCUUAUUACAGAGAAAUUCUUUACAAGCCGGAUUUUGGAAGCAAAAGACUUGGCAAACCUGUUGUCUUUGACAUGGAUAUGAGUGCUGGAGAUUUUCUUGCUCUGUUCUAUCUCCUUAAAUUGCCUGUAGAAUUAAUAAACCUCAAGGCUAUCAUUGUAAGUCCGACCGGGUGGGCCAAUGCAGCAACUAUAGAUGUAGUGUAUGACUUACUGCAUAUGAUGGGUCGUGAUGACAUUCCGGUUGGCCUUGGAGAUGCUUUUGCUAAAAACCAGUCUGAUUCCAUUUUUCCUUCUGUUGGUGACUGCAAGUAUGCGAAGUCUGUUCCACACGGCAGUGGCGGAAUUUUGGAUUCUGAUACUCUUUACGGUCUUGCUAGGAAUCUACCACGAAGCCCCCGAAGGUAUACUGCACAAAACUCUGCAAAAUUUGGAGCUCCUCGCGACACUGAUCAUCCUGAACUCAGACAGCCUCUAGCACUUGAGAUUUGGGAGUCUGUCAAGAAAACAUUGGAGCCAGAAUCAGAAAUCAGUAUAUUAACAAAUGGACCAUUGACUAAUUUAGCAAAUAUAAUUUUAUCAGACAAGAAAGCUAGCACUGUGAUUAAGGAUGUGUAUGUUGUCGGGGGACAAAUUAGCCGUUCUAAUGAAUAUCCAGAAAUGAAUAUGCAUCUUGACCCCUUGGCUGCAAAGACAGUUUUUGAGUCAUCACUCAACAUUACACUCAUUCCGCUAGAGGCGCAACGGAAAGUAACUUCAUUCUCCACGAUCCUACAAAGUUUAAGCAAGACAAACAGCACACCUGAGGCAUUGUUUGCCCGUCGUGUACUGUCCAAGCUUUACCGGUUGCAACAAAAACACCACAGAUACCAUCACAUGGAUAUAUUCCUGGGAGAAAUACUCGGCGCGGUAGUCUUGGGUGACGAUUUGUCGUUGUUGGACGCGACAUGGCAAUUCAAGCCGAUUAGGGUUGUUGCCGGGGGUGAUGAAUUUAGAGAUGGGGAGAUUGUGGUAGAUGAAAAACAAGGAAAAAUUGUGAGAAUAUUGGAAAGUGUAGAUCCAACAGUUUAUUAUAACCGUUUUGCAACGGAACUAGGAGUAAAGAACCAAUCUGCUGUGGUAGCAGGUUUUGAGGAGCAGGGAAGAAUUUGGAGUCGCAAAACCAAAUCCUGACAAAAAACUGAAGAAUAUAUUUUGUUAAUGCAUUACACUAAUUGCAUAUUCUUUGACAGCAGCAAAUUCUUUGUUUUCAUUUCAACAUAUGAAAGUUUCAUUUAUAAGUAAUAACACUGGAAACAUAUCUUAUACACAUCAAUUACUGUGACUGAACAUUGAUAAUCGAAAAGUUUAGAGUUCGGUAUUUGGCAA